UGAUGGAUUAUGGGUAAAGUUGACCCAAAUUUUCGGAAGGUCACCAUUGUUUACUGUGUUGUUGGUGAAAUGAACUUCAGGGUAUUACUUACUAGAAAGUGAAAUGAGUGUUAACUAAUGCGUCAGGUUACUGUUCAAAAGUGCAUUUAUCUAAAAUCUGACUGAUUAGUUGUUCAUUAUUACUGAGAAAUUACAAGAGACCAGCGGAAAUUUGUCUGUAUAAUCUCGAUUUAGAUAUAUAAGAAAUAUUGUACCUACAGCUGAUUCAACAAUUCCAAUGGAUCUCAUCGAAAAAAGUCAGAAAAUGAUUAGAUUGGAUUCAUCCUCUGAAAAUGUUUAUCCUGUAUUUAUUCAAAGAAACUGUAGUAAAAGAAAACUAUUAAUCCCGUUCCCCUUUACCACCAGCUCGUUUAGACAAUCUUUACAAAGUACUCAAUAGAAGUUUUUUCACAAGUAUUUUAGACAGUGUGCAUAGGUUUUUGUGUAUAAUCGAAAAGAAAUAAAAAUGAAGUUUCUGGAGAAUUCAAAAUUUGAAGCAAUAAAUGCUGCUCUAACUGUAGAGAUAGAGAACUACAGGAUUGAGGGAAGAAUUGAGAGUUAUUCCUGCAAGAUGGCUGGCAAUGACAAGAGAUUGUUUAAGACAUUGGUACAUGAGUCAGCAGAGUCACACCACAGUGAUCUACAAGUGCUUUCACCACCACAGAGCACUGUUUCUCUCAGUCCAAAUAAGAGUUAUGGAAGAAGCAUGAGUGAUGGUGAGUCCUAUCUGUGUGAUACAAUCUCAACAAAGACACUCUUCUACCUGAUCUCUACACUCAAUGCCUCUUUCAACCCAGACUAUGAUUUCAGUAAUGCUAAAAGUGAAGAAUUCAGCAAAGAGCCUAGCCCUGAGUGGGUAAUUAACACAGUAGAUAGCCAGCUUCAGUCAGCUGCCAAUGAAAUUUUCUGCAGAAUCAAACAGAAUCUGUGGUCAGCUAUAGAUGAGGAGAUAAUGCUGCGAGAUUGUGAUGUAUAUAGCUACAAUCCAGAUUUAAGUUCUGAUCCCUUUGGUGAAGAUGGAUGUAUCUGGUCCUUCAACUAUUUCUUCUAUAACAAGAAACUAAAACGCAUAGUGUUUUUUACGUGCAGAGCUUCAAGUGGCAGCCCAUAUGGAGACUCAGGAAUAGGGCAGGAUAUCUCUACAGAUGAUUCCAGUGAUCUGCUGUUUGAUAAUGAACAAGACAUGGAGUAGCAGGUUACUGGAGACAGUUUUUAAGAGUUUUAUUAUACAGAUACUGUAUUCAAUAUUCAUAUUACUACCUUUUGCCAGAUUUUGAUUGUGAAACUGUUGUUUGUUUAUUAAAGUAGUUCUGCACGUUUGAUAAACCGGAACUAAUGGCGUAACAUCAUUUAUCUGGAAAACGUAGAAUAAAGCCUGGACUCGGCAUAUAGAAACGAAAAUCAUUUUAUGAAUCAAUGUUAAUCCGUUGAUAAAUGUAUUAAUCCAACAAAGUUACUAUUUAUGUAAAGAUGAAAUAUUGUAUUAAAAUGUCUAGCACGUUAAAUCAUUCUCAAUAAUCUCUUAAAAUCAACUUGAAAUGUGCAGAUCCAUUUAAUCUCGAGCUAAUAUUUCAAAAACUAGCAGAAGGACCUAUACAUUUUAUUUCACCAUAUUACAGGCCAUAUGUUUAUUAUGCUCCCCUUUGAAGAAGGUGGGGUAUAUUGUUUUGGAGAUGUCGGUCGGUCUGUCCAUAGACCAAUCCGUUUCUGGAUGGUAACUCAAGAACGCUUGGGCCUAGGAUCAUGAAAGUUGAUACAGAGGUUGGUCAUGACCAGCAGAUGACCCAUAUUGAUUUUAAGGUCACAGUGUCUCCGAACAGUUAAACGGUUUCUGAAUGACAACUCAAGAAUGCUUGGGCCGGCCUAGGAUCAUGAAAGUUGAUAGGGAGGUUGGACAUGACCAGCAGAUUUUGAGAUCAGUAGGUCAAAGGUCAAAGUCAUAGUGACCCGGAACAGUUAAGCGGUUUCCAGAUGAUAACUCAAGAAUGCUUGGGCCUAGGAUCAUGAAAGUUGAUAGGGAGUUGGUCAUAACCAUCAGAUGACUGCUAUUGAUUUUGAGAUCAGUAGGCCAAAGGUCAAGUUCACAGUGACCCGGAACAGUUAAACUGUUUCCAGAUGCUUAGGCCUAGGAUCAGGAAAGUUUAUAAGAAGGUUGAUCAUGACCAGCAGAUGACCCCUAAGGAUUUUGAGGUUAGUAGGUCAAAGGUGAAGGUCACAGUAACCUUGAACAAUUAAACCAUUUCUGGAAGAUAACUUUAGACUUGUGUGUAAAGAUCAUAUAAGUUGAUAGGAAGGAUGGUCAUGACCAGCAGGUGACCCCUAUUGAUUUUGAGGUCAGUAGGCCAAUGGUCAAGGCCAUAGUGACCCGGAACAAUAAAACUGUUUCCGGGCUAUAACUUGAGAACACUUAGGCCUAGGAUCACGAAACUUUAAAGGGAUGUUGAUCAUGACCAGCAGAUGACCCUAUUGACUUUGAGGUCAGAGGUCAAGGUCACAGGGACCCAGAACUGUUUUUGGAUGAUAACUUGAGAACUAUUGGGCCUAAGGUCACAAAACUUUAUAGGGAGGUUGCUCAUGACCAGCAGAUGACCACUAUAGAUUUUGAGGUCAGCAGGUCACAUUGACCCAGAACAGUAGACUUUUUUUGCCAAAUAACUAGAGAACGCUUGGGUCUAAGGUCACAGAAAUUUAUAGGGAGGUUGAUCAUGACCAACAGAUGACCCCUAUUGAUUUUAAGGUCAGCAGGUCACAUUGACCUAAAACAGUAGAAUUUUUUUUGCCAAAUAACUAGAGAAUGCUUUGGUCUAAGAUCAUAUUUGAUACAGAGUUUACUUAUGACUGGUAAAUUACCCAUAAUUAUUUAUUUGAGGUCAGUAUGUCAAAUGCCCAGUGCACAGUGACUAUCAAAGCUUUUGCUUUACAACUUGCAAUACUUGUUCACCAUCAAAAGCUGACUCUGUACAGCAAGAAACGUAACUCCAUCCUGUUUUUAGCUCACCUGUUACAAAGUGACAAGGUGAGCUUUUGUGAUCGCGCGGUGUCCGUCGUCUGUCCGUCCGUGCGUCCGUAAACUUUUGCUUGUGACCACUCUAGAGGUCACAUUUUUCAUGGGAUCUUUAUGAAAGUUGGUCAGAAUGUUCAUCUUGAUGAUAUCUAGGUCAAAUUCGAAACUGGGUCACGUGCCUUCAAAAACUAGGUCGGUAGGUCUAAAAAUAGAAAAAUCUUGUGACCUCUCUAAAGGCCAUAUUUUUCAUGGGAUCUGUAUGAAAGUUGGUCAGAAUGUUCACCUUGAUGAUAUCUAGGUCAAGUUCGAAAGUGGGUCACGUGCCAUCAAAAACUAGGUCAGUGGGUCAAAUAAUAGAAAAACCUUGUGACCUCUCUAGAGGCCAUAUUUUUCAUGGGAUCUGUAUGAAAGUUGGUCUGAAUGUUCAUCUUGAUGAUAUCUAGGUCAAGUUCGAAACUGGGUCACGUGCCAUCAAAAACUAGGUCAGUAGGUCAAAUAAUAGAAAAACAUUGUGACCUCUCUAAAGGCCAUAUUUUUCAUGGGAUAUGUAUGAAAAUUGGUCUGAAUGUUCAUCUUGAUAAUAUCUAGGUCAAGUUCAAAACAGGGUCAUGUGCGGUCAAAAACUAGGUCAGUAGGUCUAAAAAUAGAAAAACCUAGUGACCUCUCUAGAGGCCAUACUUGUGAAUGGAUCUCCAUAAAAAUUGGUCAGAAUGUUCACCUUGAUGAUAUCUAGGUCAAGUUUGAAACUGGGUCACGUGCCUUAAAAAACUAGGUCAGUAGGUCAAAUAAUAAAAAAACUUUGUGACCUCUCUAGAGGCCAUACUUUUCAUGGGAUCUGUAUGAAAGUUGGUCUGAAUGUUCAUCUUGAUGAUAUCUAGGUCAAGUUUGAAACUGGGUCAACUGCGGUCAAAAACUAGGUCAGUAGGUCUAAAAUUAUUAAAAUCUUUUGACCUCUCCAGAGGCCAUAUUUUUCAAUGGAUCUUCAUGAAAAUUGAUCUGAAUGUUCACUUUGAUGAUAUCUAGGUCAGUUUCGAAACUGGGUCACGUGCGGUCAAAAACUAGGCCAGUAGGUAUAAAAAUAGAAAAACCUUGUGACCUCUCUAGAGGCCAUAUUUUUCAUGAGAUCUUCAUGAAAAUUAGUGAGAAUGUUCACCUUGAUGAUAUCUAGGUAAAGUUCAAAACAGGGUCACGUACCUUCGAAAACUAGGUCAAUAGUUCAAAUAAUAGAAAAACCUUGUGACCUCUCUAGAGACCAUAUUUUUCAAUGGAUCUUCAUGAAAUUUAGUCAGAAUUUUUAUCUUGAUAAUAUCUAGGUCAAGUUCAAAACUGGGUCACAUGAGCUCAAAAACUAGGUCACUAUGUCAAAUAAUAGAAAAAACGACGUCAUACUCAAAACUGGGUCAUGUGGGAAGAGGUGAGCGAUUCAGGACCAUCAUGGUCCUCUUGCUAGAAUUAUGGCCUCUUUUGAUUUGGAAAAUCAGAUUUCUUGGUUAAGUUUUGUGUUUAGAUCAACUUUUUUCCUUAACUAUCAAAGCUUUUGCUUUAAAACUUGCAACACUUGUUCACCAUCAAAAGCUGUCUUUGUACAGGAAGAAAGACAACUCCAUCCUACUUUUUGUAAGAAUUAUGGCUGCUUUUGGACUUAGAAAAUAUCAAAUUUCUUAGUUAAGUUUUUCAUUUAGGUCAACUUUUCUCCUUAACGGUCAAAGCUAUUGCUUUAAAACUUGGAGCAGUUAUUUGCCAUUAAAAGCUGACUCUGCACAGCAAGUACUGUAACUCUACAUUGCUUUUUUGAAAAUCAUAGGUAUGACAAUAUUUCUAUUAUACAGAAACAAAAAAAAUCAGAUGAGUGUCUGCACCCACAAGGUGGUGCUCUUGUUAAUUUGCGGAUUUUUAUUAGUAAAUUCUGAAGUUUUGAAAAAUCAGGGUUUAAUCAAAUUCUACAUUGUAGAACAAUUUUUGAUCCGAACGUGCAGAACUACCUUAACUCACCCUAAUUUUGUUCAGGGUUGGCUAUUAGUAUAAUUGUAUUGUCCAUAGUCCUUUGUCAACAUCUUAACUUAAAUGUCCUUCAUGGUGAGAACUACACCAAUGUUCAUCAGUAGCAUCCUGGCAUUGACCUCUAUUUUGUUCAAGUGCUUCAGCUUAGCCCUUAUAAAAAUGGCCACCAGAGCUAAAAAUAGAAAAACCUUUAGCUAUCUUUUUUAUCUUCUCUGAAUCUAGAGCCUUGAUAUUUAUAGAAACCUAACUCUGUAAUUGUACCAUUAUGUUAUACAAACACACUUGAAGCCUUUUACACAGGUGAGCACUUUAGGGUCAAUUGCCCUCUUGUUUUUCAUACUUGAAGAUAACUAUUCUGCACCUUGAACAAUGUAGAAUAGUAGAUGCUAAAAACUGGUUUGUGCAAUGAUGUAUCUAGGACUGAACAAAAACUGUCAUUAAUCAUUGAAUUCAAAGAACAAGUUAUAUAAUUACGUAGUCCUUUUGACAAGAAUCCACUUUGAAAUCCACUCCUGAUAUUACCCAGUUACAUGCUACAAUCUAGCUUUGGUUGAAAAUAAUCAUGAUACAAGUUUCUACUUGGCUGUUAUUGCCUUAUAAUAAAGUAACAUGAUGUUUUACAGUUUGUAAUAAUUAUUGUUUUAUAAGUAUUAAAUAUUUACGCUUGGAAACUUUUUACAUUUACAAUAUAUAAUAAAGUUUGUUACCGGCACAAUGUGCUAGCAUUACUACAGAUUUAACAAGAAGAUGUCUACAGAAAUACAGUAUGUUUUCUUUGUUUUGCAAAGAAAAGGAUUGAAUUGGUAACUAAGAGGCACUGUCUCAAAGAUGGAAAAACUAAGUGAAUGUGUCAGAGUAAAUGAAAUGUUGAGAAUUGAUGCAAUAUAAAUGUUCCAUUAUUUUAGUCACAGUACCAGCGUAUAUAGACAGUUUUCUUAAUUACUUGAAUAUUAUAUUUUAGAUUGCAUUGUUGUUCUGUUCAUCAUAUUUUGUUUCUUAACUGCUGCCAUAUUAGAUGUUUAUUUGCCUUUUGAUAGUAGCAUUGUAGUCGUCUGUCAUAUUUUAAAGCCUGAUGCCAGUUGAAGUUCACAAAAUGAUGUACUUCUUCUGUAUUCUACUGCAUUUUUAUUCCCCCACGGUGGUGGGUGGGGGGUGCAUAUAGAUGCCCUUGUCCAUCUGUCCGUCCGUCCUUCAGAAAAUGUUGCGCCUAGCUCCAAAAGUAUUUGACAUGAGUCACAAAACUUUACAGGAACGUUGGUCAGCAUAUGUAGUUAUGCACCUGGGGUUUCGCGUCCAGAUUUAUUUUCUUGUAGGAGUUAUGGCCCCCGACUAUAAAAAUUGGUCAUUUUAGAGUUGUGUCGCGCCUAGCUCCAAAAGUAUUUGACAUAGUCACAAAACUUUACAGGAAUGUUGGUCAGCAUGUGUAGUUGUGCACCUGGGGUUUCGCGUUCGGAUUCAUCAUGACAGGAGUUAUGGCCCCUGACUUAGUAAAAAAUUGGUCAUUUUAAUGUUGUGUCGCGCAUAGCUUCAAAAGUAUUUGACCUAGAGUCACCAAAGUUUACAGGAAUGUUGGUCAGCAUGUGCAUUUGUACACCUGGGGUUUCGCGUCCGGAUUCGUUCAGACAUGUAGGAGUUAUGGCCCCUGACUUAGUUAAAAAUUGGUCAUUUUAAUGUUGUGUUGCGCUUAGCUCCAAAAGUAUUUGACCUAGAGUCACCAAAGUUUACAGGAAUGUUGGUCAGCAUGUGCAGUUAUGCACCUGGGGUUUCUGGUUCGGAUUCAUUCAGUAUUGUAGGAGUUAUGGCCCCUGACCUAGGAAAAAAUUGUCAUUUUAAUGUCAUGUAGUGGGGGCAUCUGUGUCCUAUGGACACAUUUUAAGUUUAUAUUUCACUAGCUUUUGCUUUCGUAAUUCAGUUACAUUUUUAGCUCACCUGAGCACAAAGUGCUCAUGGUGAGCUAUUGUGAUCACGCUGUGUCUGCCAUCCAUCUUGCAUCAGUCCAUCAACUAUUUCUUAAAACGACUUCUCCAAAACCACUGAAUGGAUUUUGAUGAAACUUGGCAUGAAUGUUCCUUGGGUGGUUCUCUACCAGAAUUGUUCAAAUGGUUAAGCUUGGUUGCAUAUAGGGGCCGCCAGAGCUAAAAAUAGAAAAAUCUUCAAAAGACAUCUCGUCCUAAACUGCUGGUCUGAUUUAAAAAUAAUUUCACACAAAUAGUCCUUAUAUAACCUUACUGGCUAGCGUCCUAUAACUGGACACUUUUGGAAUAUUUUUCACGAUAACUCGGGAAAUAGAUAUAUCUAGUGGUUGAAAUUUCACGUGAACAAAGCUAGGUUCUCCUCCUAACUAGAGCCAAUUUGUUUACUUCUAAAAUUAGGUAAAGUACUUUUUCGAGGCCCGCACAAAGGGCCACCGAAUUACGUUAUUUUAAGGUCUAACAUGUACCAUGUUUCUGGACAGCGAGUUGUCACUUUAUUGAUUUUCAAUUUACAUUCAACAUUGAAUUAAACUUUAUUUUCAACCAAUGGAAAGUAGUCGUACAGUGUCUGAGUCCAAGAAUUGUACGAAUUACCUCUCUUGAAUCUAUAAAUUUGAUCGUAUCUCUCCCAACCAAAUCUUUUAAAAUUUUACUUUUCGAAGUGAAUAUUUUGAUAUGUAAAUGCAUUUUAGGGUGUGUAAAAGUCAUGUACUAACUAUGUUGUAACUAUGCCCUGUUGUUGAAAAUCAAGCACCCAUUUGAUCGUAAACAGAUUAACAAGGUUAAAGGCCGAAAAUCAUUUACAGGACUGUCUGGGUUGGUGGUUGUCCUGAUUUGGUGGUCACUAGCCAGUAUACCAAAACUGUUCAAAUUAUUCCAAUUCGUCAAAACACAGGGGCGCCAGGGGGCAUGGUCACUUUUCCCCAUAUAUAAUUAUAUAUAGGGGAAACUUUUUAAAAUCUUCUUGUGUGAAACUGCUGGCUCGAUUUUAAUUUAAUUUUACACAAAUGGUCCUUGUGUGGCCUUCUACCAAGAUUGUUCAAAUUAUUUUGAUUCUUCAAAAAACAUUGUAGCCAGAGGGCGUGGUCACUUUUCCCUAUAUGUAUAUAUAAAAAAAAGUUGUAUGAAACUGCUGGCCUGAUUGUUCAAAUUAUUUUGAGUGUCGUAAAACAUGACCCCCGUGCAUUAAAACCCUGAUGUCCUGCAUGUUUCCCAGAUGCUAUAUUAGAUCAUAUAUCAUUGCAUAUAAACUUAACUCUGUACUUGUACCAUUACGUUACAUAAACCCCAGUGGUUAAGGUCACUGACUUCAAAUCACUUGCCCCUCAUUGAUGUGGGUUUGAGUCUCACUUGAGUCGUUGAAUUCUUCAUGUGAGGAAGUCAUCCAGCUGGCUUACGGAAGGUCUGUGGUUCUACCCAGGUGCCCGCUCAUGAUGAAAUAAUGCACGGAAGGGGCACCUAUGGUUUUCCUCCACCAUCAAAGCUGGAAAGUCACCAUCUGAUCUAUAAUUGGGUCAGUGCGAUUUUAAAUCCAACAAAAUAAAUAAAUAAAAUGAAGCCUUUUACACAGGUGAGCGCUUUAGGGUCAAUGACCCUCUUGUUAUAUAUAAAAAAUAAACCAGUUUUGAAAUUCCAAAUACCCUCUAAAUGUCAAGAAAAAAUUAAUAAAAAAAAACUAAAAAAAUUCAGUUUUCAAUUUGCAAACAUUGAUUUGUAGAGUUCUAGAUUUGUAGUAUUAUUGUAGCUUUAUGUGUUUAAAAUUUUGAGAAACACAUGUUACACUUGUGAUCGUAAGUCGUCGUCCCUGCACAAUUUCUUGUGAACAUGAUAAAGACCACAUUUUGCAAUCAAUUUUAAUCAAACUUGCAUACAACUUGUAUUGGCAUAAUAUCUUGGUUCCUUUUGAAAACUGGCCAGAUCCCAUCAUGGGUUCCAGAGUUAUGGACCCUUACAGGGCCAAAAUUUGUUAUUUUGGCUUGUGAACACGAUAGAGACCACAUUUUGCAAUCAAACUUGCACACAACUUUUAUUGGAAUGAUAUCUCAGUUCCUUUCAAAAACUGGCCAGAUCCCAUCAUGGAUUCCAGAGUUAUGGCCCCUUAAAGGGCCAAAACUUGCUAUUUUUGUUUUUGCAGCCAUAUAGACUUCUUUUAUGGUUUGAUUUUUUUAACAAACUUGCAAAAUAUCUUUAACAACAAAAGAUCUUGGAUUCUAUGUUGAAUCAAUCAGAUCCAAUAAUAGAUUCCGGAGUUUUGACCCAUGAAAGAGCCAAAAUUUGUUUAAUUUUUACCUUUUGAACACAAUAGAUGUGACAUUUUACAUUCAGUUUUAACCACUCUUACACUCAACUUAAGUCACAAGAAGAUUUCAGUUCCUUUCGAAAACUGGCUAGAUUCCAUCAUGGGUUCUAGAGUUACUGUCCCUGAAAGGGGCAAAAUUUUCAAUUUUGCCCUUUCAGCCAUAUAGAGGUUUCAUUUAUGCUUUGAUUUGAUACAAACUUGCACAGAAUGUUUAUCUUGAUGAUCUCUCUCAGUUUUAAGAAACUGGGUCAUGUGGGGUCAAAAACUAGGUCACCCACUCAAAGGAAAAGCUUGUUAACACUAGAGGCCGUAUUUAUGACCCUAUCUUUUGAAACUUUGAAUUUCCUACAAUCAUAAUUUCUAGGCCAAUCAUGUGGGGUCAAAAACUAGUCACCACUCAGUUUAAAGGAAAAGCUUGUUAAAACUGUAGAGGCCACAAUUAUGACCCUAUCUUCAUGAAACUUGAUAAGAAUGUUUAUCUCGAUGAUUCCAUGGCCAGGUGAGUGAUAUAGGGUCAUCAAGACCCUCUUGUUUCAUUUUCCUUUUAAUCUCUCUUAGACUCUACAAAUACCCUAAAAUUUGGGAUGUUUUUCUAUAAACAUUUUUUUUUAAUUAAGUCAUUGAGCAGUAAACAUAGUAAAGUUUUUCAUGUCCUGAAACUUAGGGUAAAUAUGGACAAUGUAGGCAACAAGUAUUUAAGUUAAUAUCAUACUUUUGUACAUUUUAGAAGAAACUGUGUAAUUAUACAUAUUUGCAAAAGGAUUGCGAAUCUGAAUUAAGUAUCAUUUCUGCUGUAAAUAUUUAUUAACUUUUUAAUUCAUUUUUAUUUGCCAUGUAUAGGAGUUUUACCAUUCUUUUCUUUCCUCCAGCAGUUGAAAAGUGUGGGUACUGCUAACUGGUCUGUCCAUGCCUAUUAGGAGAGGGGGUGGGGUGGGGGGGGGUGCUCUCUGUGAUUUUCAUUAGGGGAAGUGGAUCAUAGAUAGUACUUAUUUUUUAUUGUAGUUUUAUAGUCUUACAUUAGGAACAUUAUUACUUAGUUGUAAUUAGAUACAAUUUUAGAUAUAUUGUUUGUUUUAACUUUGCACUAUGUGACGUUAAUAUGAUCUUCCCUAGUAAAACAUUAAAAGGUGUUUUACUGGAUGUUUAAAUUUUUAUGUGUAAAUAUUGGAAGCAUAUUAUAUCAUUUGACCUUGUAAUCAAAAUAAUUAAAGUUGUUUUCUUACAUAAA